GAGCGCAGUAAAUAAGAUGUAACGACGAGGAAGAAGUCAUAGCAAGUACAAGCACACCGACGCGGUGUUAUCAUCUGGUCACGUGAUCACGUUGGUCGGAGGGGGAAAAAUUUUAGCAUCAUGGCGGAACGCAGGAGACACAAGAAGCGAAUUCAGGAGGUGAGCGAGCCGACCAAGGAGGAGAAGGCGGUGGCCAAAUACCUGCGCUUUAACUGCCCUACCAAGUCCACUAACAUGAUGGGCCAUCGUGUCGACUACUUCAUAGCAUCUAAAGCAGUGGACUGUCUGCUUGACUCUAAAUGGGCCAAAUCAAAGAAACCCGAAGAAGCUUUUUUCACCACCAGGGAGUCUGUGGUGGAUUACUGCAACAGGCUCCUGAAGAAGCAGUUCUUCCACCGAGCUCUGAAGGUGAUGAAGAAGAAACCGGAGAAAGACCCGAAGAAGGAGAAGGUGAAAGGUGAUGGGGGCAAAGAGGAGGAGAAGAAGAGCAAGAAGGAGAAAGAGAAGAAGAAAGAUGCUGAGGCCACAGAGAGCAAGAAGGAAAAGAGCGAUGAAAGUCCAGGAUCCCCGAAGAAGAAGAAGGAGGUUAAGAAGAAGUUUAAACUGGAGCCUCAUGAGGAUCAGCUGUUUCUGGAUGGCAAUGAGGUGUAUGUGUGGAUUUAUGACCCGGUCCAUUUUAAAACCUUUGCUAUGGGACUGGUUCUGGUGAUUGCGGUGAUAGCUGCGACGCUGUUCCCCCUGUGGCCGGCAGAGAUGAGGGUGGGUGUGUAUUACCUGAGCGUGUGUGCAGGCUGCUUCGUUGCCAGCAUCCUCCUCCUUGCUGUCGCUCGCUGUAUUUUAUUCCUGAUUAUCUGGUUGGUCACUGGGGGGCGCCACCACUUCUGGUUCCUCCCGAAUCUGACCGCGGACGUGGGCUUCGUCGACUCGUUCCGUCCCAUUUACACGCACGAGUACAAGGGCCCUAGGGCGAGCUGCAAGAAGGGCGCGGGGGACAAGUCCGAGGGCAAGGGUGGCAAAACGCAGAAAUCGGACAGCGAGGACAAAUCGGACGGUGAGAAGAAGGAGGAGGAGGAAGAGGAAGUGGAGGAUGAAGAGGAAGAGGAGGUGGGAAAGGAAGCGGAGCGGCGUUCGGACUCGGACAGCGAGCGCAGAGAGGACGACGCUUCACAGCACAGCAACGGAAACGACUUCGAGAUGAUCACGCGCGACGAGCUCGAGCAGCACACCGACGACAACGAGGAGGAAGAGGAGGAGCAAGAGGAAAAAGAGGCGGAGCCCAAACCACACCAGACGUAAACUGUAAACGUUCAUGAGAUUCGCCCAUCACAUCGCACAUUGCGAUCUUCCACUACAGACGCACACGGGGGUAAGAGGUCAACUACGCCGAGAGCCGGAACAUGGCUUCUGGCUGCCAUUUUGGAUUUCUUUUAUUUCCUAGUUAAAAGAAAAGAAAAAAAAGAAACACACACGAAUGCUCGUACAAAUACACACGCUGUGUCUGUGUUUACUGCUUGUGUAAUUGUGUAAUUAGCAUAGACUCUCCAUUUUCUGUGUGUGUGUGUGUUUGUGUGUGUGUGUGUGUUUAUAUCAGAUAAUCUAACACACACACCCACACACACAAUAUAAUCAUGUUCAGUUUGGACCAAUGUUUUUAUUCUACCGUGUGUGUGUGUGUGUGUGUGUGUGUGUGUGUUGUGUAAACAUCUCUCUCUCACAUGCAGUUCCAGCAGGUUCUUUUUGGUGAUCACAUGACAAAGUAAAUGUAAGCAUCAUCCAAGCCCCGCCCACAUUUCUAUUCCACACAGCCGUUAAGUAACCGCUCGGAUUCCUUCUUGCGGCCUAUUGGUCGCCGGGGCACCGGAUGAGAGCUCCGAGACGUGGAAAGAGUCCCACGUUAGUGCCAAAUCUGUAGUUUCGGACAUCGGCUUUACGCAUCACUUCCUGUUUUACAGUAAAACAAAAAAUCAAAACGGUCCCUCACGUCCCAGAUAACAGUUUAGCCAUCAUGUGUGUAACGGUUACCAUGGCAACCUGUCUUCUGCCUUCAUAUGGCUGUGUCCUAAACCAGACGUUCCCACACUUCAGAGUACGAGUUAUUUAGCUAUCAUGACCGCUUAACUUAUUUUUAUUGAAGUGCACAUGAUAUAAUGUUGCUGUCUGUGAUGCGCGCGCGCGCACACACACACACACACACACACACACACACACACACACACACACACACUUGAUGGAGUGUGUUAUGUGGUUUAAUCUUCUGGCUCAAUGGCGUAGGUAAAUUAACGACAAAGUCCAUGAACUAUUUCAACUCUUCUUACUAUUUGUAUUUGUCUCAUUUUCAUUUGCAUAUUCAUUUGCGUAUUCGUGUUUUCUGUUCGCUCUGUGACGUCAUGCCCACAUGCCAGCAGGUGUUUAUUAUUAUUAUUGUUUUUUUUUUUAAAUCAAUAUUUCCUUAUAGAUAUAAACCCGAAUGUCGGCCUGUUGCGUGUUAGUAAUUAUAAUAAUGUAUUAAUACAUGCAGCGUUGCCUCAUAUUUCUAAAUGUGUACAAGUAAAAAAAAAAGUAUGAAAUCAUGUGGAGAGUGUGCGUGAGGAGUGUGUGACACGAUCCCUGUAUCACUGUCUCAUCUCACUGCAAUAACUGUAUAAAAUAAUAAAACAUAUUUCCAAUAGCAGAA